ACAGGGGAGGCAGUGAGACUGUGCCAUCCAAUAACGUGGCCUCUCAGCACCCAAAGGGGGGCAGAUCCAUUGCACUUUAUAAGUGGCACCGCUCCCUCUCACUGACCAUUUCUGCAACUUCUUCAUAACAUUCCUCCCCUGAUCCAGUCUGUUAAGUCAUGGCCAACAGCCCAAAAUCCACUCUGGAAAAAUCCAUCUUUGACCUGGUUGAGACUUACAAAAAAUACGCCGGUGAUGACUGCGUCCUAAACCAGGAGGAGCUGCGGAAGUUGGCCAUGAAGGAGUUCCCCACCCUGUGUCAAAGUGAUCAGAAGGACGACAUUAUGAAGAAGGUGUUUGCACAGAUGGACAUGGAUGGGGACAACAAAGUCACCUUCAAGGAAUUUGCCUUGUUCUACUGUUACAUCGCCAUCUCUCUGGGGGAAAUGAUGUUUCAUUGCAAGUAAAUCAGAUAUUUUGUAUGAAAUGCCAAUAAAAGUCACUUCUGACCCUC